GGAUCAAGCAAUACAACCAACUAUUUUUCAUCAAUCCCCUGUCUCUAACAAAGUUGAUAAGAAACACGUUAGCAUUUGAUUUAAACCGAGCAACCCCGAUGGGAUACGUGGGACUGUUGCUUAUAACACGAAGAAGAGUGCAGCAAAGCCAUCGCCAUCACCAUGAUGAUCUUGCGCACACGGCAGUAGAGUACGUGCCACACACUUCCUCCGGCGCACCGGAUUCCGGCGACGAGCGCCCGCCCACUGUCUCGGCCGACCACCCCCGGUUAUCCUCCACGCCCGGAAACACCGCGCGGCUUUAUCCGCACCCCGGACCCGGAGAAGGAAAGAAAAAAGCCACCAACGCCUCCUAUAAAAUCCUCCGGCCACUCGCUCCGAGCUACUCCCUCGCUAGCUUCCAGCACACACUUGUCACCUUCCUCCCCGCACCGCAUCCAGCUACCAGCUACCCCCGCCUCGCUCCCACCCCACCACACCCGGACAGACACUACUGACAUGACGACGCAGCUGCAGCAGCGGACGCCCAUGGUGGCCAGGAGGCUCCUGCAGGCGGCGGCGGAGGGCGUGUCCACGCCGGGCGCCCGGAUCAUCGCCGACGACCGGGACAUCGUCAUCAUCCUCGCCGCGCUGCUCUGCGCGCUCAUCACCGUCCUCGGCAUCGGCCUCGUCGCGCGCUGGUGCGCGUGCGGCGGCGCCGACGCCAGGGCGCGCGCCGCCGCCAACCGGGGCGUCAGGAAGUCGGUGCUCCGCGCCAUCCCCACCGUCGCCUACGUCUCCGCCGACGCCGGGGCCGGCAGCGGCAAGGGUAAGGAGGAGGCCGCCGCGGCGCCCGAGUGCGCCAUCUGCCUCGCCGAGUUCGAGGACGGCGAGGCCAUGCGCGUGCUGCCCCAGUGCGGCCACGCCUUCCACGCCGCCUGCAUCGACAAGUGGCUGCGCGGCCACUCCUCCUGCCCCUCCUGCCGCCGGAUCCUCGCCGUCCAGCUGCCUUCCGGACAGCGCUGCCAGCGCUGCGGCGCGCGGCCCGACCCCGCCGCCGCGACCUGGAAGCCGCCGGCCCACUACGGCGAGAUGCCGCCCUUCUUGCCGUAGCGGCCCGCGCGCGCCGGCUCCCUCCACAGAUCUGGGCGGGAGCUACGUACAUGCCGACCACCACCAGAGGAACCAACCAGUCGACAAGCCGUUUGGUUAAAUGUCCCGUCUCCUUCUCAUAAUCACCUCCCUCUGUUUACAUCAUCAGCAGUUCUCCUCACCGCCGAGCUGCAAAUGCAUAGCAUUUCUGAAUUUAGGACCCUGGUUUGCAGCCCUGCAGGUGGCGAUUAAGGUGUUGCCACCGCAUCUUAGUAAUCUUAGCAGCUUUGUACAUUUGUAAAUAGUAACUGUAAUUGCUCCCAAGGAGUAAUCAGCACCAUCGAUUAGGCUUAUGCGAAACUGUGAAUACCUUUCCUUUCCAUGAAUCCAUAUGGCUAAUUGUCCAAA